AUGGGUUCAGCCGUCGUCGAGCCCAAUGGCGCUCCCAAGGCAGUGGAAGCCGAUGGUCUGGUCAUGCCAAUUAUCAACUUCUCACAAUUCACGAAGGGCGAUAUCGCCACCAGGAAGGCUGUUGCAGACUCCAUACUCCAUGGCUUUCAGACUUCCGGCUUCAUAUACCUCACUCACCAUCCUAUCUCCCUCGACACCAUCGCCAAAUCCUUUGAACACUCUGCAUCAUUUUUCGCCCGGCCACAGCCCGAGAAGGACUCCCUCUGCUGGACCACACCACAGUCCAACCGCGGCUAUGUUGCAUCAGGCCGCGAGAAAGUUACACUCGCCGACCUGAACGACCGCGAGGAGAUCGCGAAACUCCGCGCCUCAAACCCUGACCUCAAGGAAUCAAUGGAGAUCGGCCGAGAAGGCGUCGAGGGCCUCCCGAAUCGCUGGCCUGAGAAGCUUGACGCCCAAGGCGAAGCCUUUACUGCACACAUGAAGUCGUUCUUCCUCGAAUGCAAAGACUUACACAUGCAAGUAAUGCGCGCCAUCGCACUCGGGAUGGGCCUUGACUCCUCGGAGUCCAACACGCGCGACUCAUUCUUUGACUCGUUCACUUCCGCGGGCGAUAACAAUUUGCGCCUGCUACACUAUCCUGCAGUUCUGAAAUCAGUCUUCAAGGACAACCCCGACCAAGUCCGCGCAGGCGCCCACUCGGACUACGGCUCCAUCACUCUCCUCUUCCAGGACUCCGUCGGCGGGCUUGAAGUCCAGUCACCGCAAGGCACCUGGGUCCGGGCAACACCAGUACCGGGCUCGAUCGUCGUGAAUGCAGGCGACUUACUGAACAGGUGGAGCAACGGGACAAUCAAGAGCACGAAACAUAGGGUCGUGCAACCGCCUGCGAAAGCAGGGGACGAGAGCGAGAUGUACCCAAAGAGGUACAGUAUCGCGUACUUCUGCAAUCCGAAUUUUGAUAGGGUCAUUGAGGCGCUACCGGGAACGUUUGGGGAGAAGGCACGGGAGAAGGAAAAAAUCUGGGAGCCGAUCAAGAGUGGGGAUUAUUUGGUGAUGCGGUUGGCGGCGACUUAUUGA